AUGUAUGCAGGUUGUGCUCGGGUUAGCAGAGAUAUUCCCGCUGGAGAUGACCCAGAUGAAUCUGUUCCAACGUUUGUGGUUCCGAGGCAUUGGGCCCACGAUUACGUAUUAGCAUUCACUUAUAUCUUAAUGACGCAAACGCUUACCAAUUUAGACACGGUAAUGCCACUAACUAUAAAUGAGGUAUAUUACAAGGUGUUCAUGACCUUUGUGCUACAACUAGUGGAUUUGUAUGUAUUGGCUAUGGCGCUUAACUUUGCCCGCACCAAAUAUCGUGAGCUGUACUUGUAUGACGAAGCUGUCAAGAAAAUGCUUAUAUAUUUGAGCAAUUGUGGACUGUGCAAAUCAUUAACGGACAGUAUUUUGGCGUAUACGCAUCAACUUUGGGAUAGGCAAAAAGGUGAGAGACUACCGGAUUUAGCGUACAAAGCUCCAACGAGUCUGAGGCAUGAUUUGUUUAGUGAGUUGUACAUACAUCAUUUAGAAGCCCCAGCGACGUUCAGGCAACUGCCUUAUUUCUUCAAGCGCCAGUUAGCGGCCAGACUUAAUCGAAUGACAGUAUUUCCCGGGAAGUGCAUUGUGCGAGAAGGCGACACAUUUAAUGUCACUUAUUUCAUACAUGAAGGUGAAGUGGAGAAGUGGUAUAGUGACAAAAAUGGUGAGAGUAAAUUGGUAUCUGUGUUGUACACGAAUGGAUAUUUUGGAUGCGUUUCUGGGCUCUUCGUGAACGUGGGUUUCUAUUUCUCCUAUUACUCGCGAACUGUUGUAGACCUAGUGUAUUUAAGCCUGGACAAUUGGAAAGACUUAUUGGAAUGCUACCCAGAAGUUAAGAUGAUGCUCUAUGAGUCCACUAAGAAGUUUAGGAGUGAAGUUACCAAGGCCCACCCUUCCCGGUCACCGACGUCGUCUACGAUUUACUGAUUACAAUUCCUCAAUCAUUGGAUAAUUUUGUAAAAAAAGUAAAAAAUAUAUAUAUUUAUCCUGUACCUAUGCCUUUUGGCACCCAUGUUUUACCAUAGAGUAGGUAGUGGACUCCGCAACAGGUU